AUGAAGUAUAUCGUCACAUCUUUUACCCUCGCGGCCCUGGUCCUCGCAGGCCCAGUUCCGGACGUCGCUAGCCCCUCACCACCUUCCUACAAGAUCAUCAGUGCCAUUCACGGAGGCAAUGGCUGUCCCCAAGGCUCCAUCGAUCUCGAGUUCACCGACAGCAGACUCCUCCCCAUAUACUUUGGUAACGACUUUAUGGCGACGUUAGGCCCAAAUACGUCGGAUAAUAUCAAGAACUGCCAGGUCUCCCUUGACAUCGUAUUCAGCCCGGGUUACCAGUACACCGUAUUCAGUGCCGAUUAUUCAGGGUGGGCAGAUCUGGACUCGAGUGUAAAAGCGUCGAUACGCUCGAAAUACUAUUUUGCAGGAUAUUCAGGCGAAGCAAUCACAGUAAUGGAUAUCAACGGCCCCUUUUCCGGAAAAUUCAAUAAACAUGACGACGUUGAUCUUGCCGUCUGGUCUCCGUGCGGGAGCGAGGGAUUACUGAAUUUCAAUACGAGGGCUAUUCUGACGACAACCAACACAUCUGCGAAUGGGAUGCUUGCCAUGGCAAAGGAGAGCACUAAGUUUACACAGAAUUUGUACCUCAAGUGGCGUCAGUGCUAG